UUUUCAACAUAACCUGCGUGCAAGUGAGAAUAAUAAGGGUCACAGGUUUUUCACACGGGAAAGAAAGAGAGUUCCAACUAUUCAUGAAUUAAUUGUAUAACAUAAUAUAGACAUGGAACGCAUGCUAGUGUGGGUUUCCUUAUCGUGUUAAAAUCAAUGUAUGAAGUUAACCGUCUCUCUAGUUUAUUGGUCUCUGUUUGUUAUUACGAGGUACAAUAAAUGAACCACCGAUUGUUUUCCUGUUCAAAAUAAAAUAUUAAAUGAAAUGGCAUCAAAGAAGACUUCUGUGCAACAACAAAGUUGUCUAAAGUAUUUUGGUAUCACAAAAGACCAAGAUCCAAAAACGAAUUCCAGUCAUAAAAAUAGUGAGCCGGUCUCAAAGAAAAACUCCAAAUUUGUUUAUCGAACAUCUUCAAAUGGAAAACUAUCAUGGACCCCACCACCAUCCACUACCAACACUUCUAACCAUGUGGAAAAUAUUCAAAGGACUGCUUCAUUUGCUUCUAAAGUCCAGGUUUCCAAUGGUACAGUACAAAAUGAUAGUGCAAAUAAGUUGAAUGCUACCAGUGCUACAGAAACAAGAUUAAAUUGUGAAAAGAAGACGAAAAGCCAUGAAAAACAAUAUGAUUCACUAGAAGUUAUGGAUAUAGAUAGUGAUGCCACAAUAUUAAAAGAUGAAUCUUUGGAUUCAACAUUUUGUGAUGAACCCAAAACACCAUCCCCAAACAAAUCAAUAAGGAUAAGUGAAUCACCUACACCGCCUAAACGAAGUCCAAGAAAACAUAAAACAUUACACACUCCAACAAAAGCAUUGACAGUAGAUCGAGAUCCAUUACGGAACAUAAAAUUGGACAAGUCUAUUAUGCCUCUAAUCAAGAAAGUAUCAAACCAUGGAGCUUUAAAGAGAUGUGAAUCUCAUGAAAACAAUUCUGAAGACUAUGAUGUAUGUAAAAACAUGUAUAUAGAUAUAUUAGAAAGAGUUUAUAAUGCAUUUGAUAGAAUACCAAAUUGCAUUAAAGCAAAACUGCCCGGUUUUGAUAAAACAACAUACGAGAAAAUAGGAACACUUAAAACAAGAUUAAAAUCCAUUAUCAAAACUGAACCGCCAGAUGAAAUAUGUGAAAGUCCUGAUAAAUCUAAGAAAUAUGAGAAAGAAAAAUUUGAACCUCAAAGUCCACUCAUAGAGCAUGUGCAGUUUGACAACCCUAUUUCUAGUAAAUCUAUUUAUAGUGAUAUGGAACCAAAAAGAUCUUUAUCAAUAGACUCGUUACCACCAAACAACAGUAAAAGUGUGUACAGCAGUCCAUCAGACAUCAAUACUGUAAACACUCCAGACAGUGUCAAAACAAAAGGAAAGUUUGUAUUUAAAAAGCCUUCCAGGCUUACUGAAGGUAGUAAGUCGCCUAUAUCCAGAGACACGCUGUCUUCUACCGUGGAACGGUUAAAACUCGCGUCAGAGAAACUAAAACCAAUACCAACAGAAGAGCCUAAGAAAUUCGAACCAGUUGCAAACAGUUCAGUAGCAUUCCAACCUAUGCACCCGAUAGAUAUGAUGAGCAAUCCAUCCAUUGAUGCCACUGAUGAUGAUGACGAUUAUGAAGUGCCUUUAGAUUUUGACGAUACGGAUAUCAUGACGCAGUGUGGUAAAGAAAGCGUCAGCAUCAAUAACAAGGAUGUUAUUGUCGAUGAAGAAGGAUGGCCUGAAUACAACCCAGCCGACUUCGAUGACGUCAUUGAGAUGCCACCUGACGUCAGUACGAGGACGUCUGACGUUAUCGAUAUGACACCUGACACAAUUGUGUUAACGCCAGAAUCAACGUCAGGCAAUAAAAAUGAAAUAAAUUUAAUGGAAGACUCAGUAGUGGAAGAUAAAUCUAAACAUGAAGGAGUUUUCUUUCCUGGAACUCAGAAUGAUGGGAUAACUGGUGAAUUCGACGGUGAACACUUUCCGCAUUCAAGUUUGAUGAACGAGAUGCUGAAAGAGAAGUUCGGUCUGACUUCCUUCCGCCCGAACCAGAUGCAAGUGAUCAACGCAGCGUUGCUGGGACACGACUGCUUCGUGCUGAUGCCUACGGGCGGAGGUAAAUCUCUUUGCUACCAGUUACCGGCCAUAAUGACUCCGGGCGUGACCAUAGUUAUAUCUCCGCUAAAAUCUUUGAUUUUGGAUCAAGUUAAUAAACUACUCUCUUUGGAUAUCCCAGCUGCCUAUCUAUCCGGCGACGUAUCCCAAGCUCAAGUAGACGAUAUCUAUCUUAAGCUGUCGAUGCGCGAGCCGCCGAUCAAGCUGCUCUAUGUUACCCCGGAGAAGAUCGGCAGCUCGGCCAAGUUCCAGAGCAUGCUGGAGACACUCUACAAACGAGAAAAGAUCGCCAGGUUCGCGAUAGACGAGGCGCACUGCGUGUCGCAGUGGGGCCACGACUUCCGGCCCGACUACAAGCGGCUGGGCGAGCUGCGGCAGCGCUUCCCGCGCGUGCGCGUGAUGGCGCUCACCGCCACCGCCGCGCCGCGCGUGCGCACCGACAUCCUGCACCAGCUGCGCGUCACCGACUGCAAGUGGUUCCUCAGCUCCUUCAACAGGCCCAACCUCGCCUACCUCGUGCGGCCCAAGAAGCCCAAGACUAUCAAUAAGGACAUCGCUGAUAUGAUUAAAGACAAAUUUUUCAGACGUUCGGGCAUCGUGUACUGCCUGUCGCGCAAGGAGUGCGACGGCGUGGCGGCGGACCUGCGCAAGGUGGGCAUCCGCGCCGCCGCCUACCACGCCGGCCUCUCCGACUCCAAGCGCGAGCAGGUGCAGACCGACUGGAUAGCGGACCGCCAGCACGUGAUCUGCGCCACGAUCGCGUUCGGUAUGGGCGUGGACAAGGCGGACGUGCGGUUCGUGAUCCACCAGAGCCUGCCCAAGUCGGUGGAGGGGUACUACCAGGAGGCGGGCCGCGCCGGGCGCGACGGCGCGCUCGCCACGUGCCUGCUCUACUACUCCUACGCCGACGUCGUGCGGUACCGCCGGCUGUUCGACUUGGAACGCAACACGUCUAAAGAGGCUCGGCGAGUGCACGAAGAGAAUCUACUCCGCAUGGUGGAGUUGUGCGAGAACGUGUCAGAGUGCCGCCGCGCCUCCGUACUCGCGUAUUUGGGAGAGCAUCUCAAGCGCGAGCAGUGCCUCGCGAACAGGGCGACCGCCUGCGACAACUGUCUCGGCGGACAUCAAUAUAAGCCGGUGGACGUGACGGAGGAGUGCAAGCUGGUGGUGCGCAGCGUGCGCGGCGGCGGCGCGUACACGCUGCUGCACUACGCCGACGCACUGCGCGGCUCCACGCAGCAGCGCCUGUCGGGGCUGCAGGGCACGCCCAUACACGGCAGGAUGAAGUCGUGGCCCCGCGCGGACCCGGCGCGGCUGCUGCGGCUGCUGGUGACGCGCGGCGUGCUGGCCGAGCGCCUCGUCGUCAACAACGACAUCGCCAGCGCCUACCUCGCGCUCGGACCCAACGUCGACAAGUUGAUGUGCGGCGGGCAGCGCGUGGUGUUCUCCAUGAGUCCGGAGCAGCGCGGACGCCUCGACACGGCGCCGGCGCCCGCGCCCGCCGCCACGCCCGUCGCCGCGCGCCUCUCCGAGCUCGCCGACCGCUGCUACGCCGAUCUCGUCGAGGCCUGCCGUGAGAUGGGCGCGUCGCGCGGCGCGUCGGUGUCGGCGGUGCUGCCGCAGGCGGCGCUGCGCGCGCUGGCGGCGCGGCUGCCGGAGUCGCCCGACCACGUGCUGGCGCUGCCGCACUUCACGCGCGCCAACUACAACAAGUACGGGCAGCACCUGCUCAAGAUCACCGCCGCGUACGCCAUCGAGAAGAUGGGUAUACUAAUGGAGUACCAGGAUGAGCUAGACCAGGAGGAUCGCAACAAGAAUCAGGCGGAUGAAGACUCCGACACGGAUUGGGAACGCGUCGGAAAAGAGGCGCAAAACAGCUCGUAUUCCACUAGUCGCGGGGCUCGCAGGGGCAGGGGCGGGAGAGGCGGCGUCAGGAAAAGAUAUAAGAAGAAAUGGCCUUCGUCAGCGAAGAAGAAGGCGUUGCGAGGGGCGGCGCGAGGAGCCGCUAGGGGGGCGGCGAGAGGCACACCGCGGAGGGGGGCCGCCAGCUUUACCACAGCUAGCGGCAGUGCGCUGGGCAGCAUGCCGAUACCUCGCGCCAACACCGCGCCCAACACGCGACCGGGCGUCUUCAGAACAUCCAAACUCAACUUCUAAUCUAAACCUAUUAUGUGAUAACUUGAAUCUAUCUUGUGAUAUGUCGAUUAAAUAGGGAAUAUUUGCAUUUUGUAUCGGCUACCAAAUUAUUUGGAGAUAUAAUUAAAAUAAUGGAGAUAUUCUUAAUCUCAAAGGCCUAGAGAAAGAAAGUGCCUAAAGAGACGUCUCUAUUUUGAUUAUAGGUAUCGUUGUUUUAAAAAUGACGCAACAUAAAAGUAAUAUAAAGUAUGGUUUGCAAAGAACUUUAUUUUAUAUUUAGGAAUAUCUACCUCUUUUACUCAGCUAUUACGAUCGAAGUGUUAUUUAUGUAUAUAUGAUUAAAACAACAUAAUAUAUAUUUGUUUGCUAUAUUUUACUUGAUACUUUAAUUUCUGAUAUAUUUAAAUUUUUUGCGCAUUAAACCAAUAAAAUACAACUAAAACCCGUAAACAAAAUGACACUAGUAAAACAAAUAAAAUAUAUUUAAUUUAAAAAUAUCUGUUUUGCUGACACUACCUAUUUUGACGGCUAAGAUGUAACAAUAUGGCGGAAAAUUAUUUUUAUUGUUAUCUUAAACGCACUGUAAAGUAUUCUUUGUUAUUACCCAUCUAGUCCAUUGAAAAGUUACAUUUGGGGUUGCGUUUUUUAGAGGACGCAAUUUUAUUUUUU